AUGGCAAAUGUUGACGUUGAUCUUGAGAGUGUUUACCAAGACUAUUUGGCGUCUUUACAAGAUUUGACCUUCAACUCAAAACCUAUUAUUACUAACUUAACUAUUAUAGCUCAAGAAAAUAUACCAGCUGCAAAAGCAAUUGUUAAAGCAAUAGAAAAACAAAUCCAUAGUUGUCCACCUGAACAUAAACUUCCCGUUUUAUAUUUACUUGAUUCUAUUAGUAAAAAUGUUGGUGGACCUUUUGUUCAUCUAUUCUCAAGAAAUCUUUAUAAUAUUUUUAUGGAAACCUAUAAUUCUGUUGACCAAGCUACAAAAUUAAAACUUGAAAAAGUGUUGGUUACUUGGAAAGCUGGUUUAAAUGGUUGUGGACCUAUAUUCUCUAAUGAUGUAAUUGCUUUAAUUGAAGGAACGCUAAUGAAACAUAAUCAAAGGUAUAAUAAUAAUCGUCAAUUAAGGAGUCCAAUUGAUAACACUACUCCAAUUACUAUUAAUGCUGCUACUAAUAACCUUAUUAAUGGUAAUAAUGUUGGUGGUGCUAAUGGUAGAAAUUAUAUUCAUAUCAAUCCAAGUUUCUUGAAUGGAAUU